AUGUCGGAAACUGCUCCAGUUGCUCCUGCUGCCCCUGCACCUGCGGAGAAAACACUUGUGAAGAAAAGAGUGAAGAAAACAGGCGCAGCUGCUGGGAAACGCAAGGCAUCUGGGCCCCCAGUGUCUGAGCUCAUCACCAAGGCUGUGGCCGCUUCCAAGGAGCGCAGCGGCGUCUCCCUGGCAGCGCUCAAGAAGGCGCUGGCGGCUGCCGGCUACGAUGUGGAGAAAAACAACAGCCGUAUCAAGCUUGGUCUGAAGAGUCUGGUGAGUAAGGGCACCCUAGUACAGACCAAGGGCACUGGCGCUUCUGGCUCCUUCAAACUAAACAAGAAGGCAGCCUCUGGGGAGGCUAAGCCCAAGGCAAAGAAGGCGGGCACAGCCAAGCCCAAGAAGCCCGCUGGAGCAGCCAAGAAGCCCAAGAAAGCGACUAGCGCCGCCACCCCGAAAAAGACCGCUAAGAAGACCCCAAAGAAAGCAAAAAAGCCGGCAGUAGCUGCUGGGGCCAAGAAAGUGUCUAAGAGUGCGAAAAAGGUGAAGGCAGCUAAGCCGAAAAAGGCUGCUAAGAGUCCGGCUAAGACCAAGGCUCCUAAACCUAAGGCAGCCAAGCCUAAAUCUGCUAAGCCCAAAGUUACCAAGGCUAAGAAGGCAGCUCCUAAGAAGAAGUGA